AAGACUACAAAAUAAAGGGUUUGAGUUAUGGAGUGAAAUGUGUUUAAUAGAGUGUUGAGUGAACCGAAGAAAUUUCUAGGGUUUUGUGUGCAAUGCAUGUCUCCGAUGACGUCUCUUCCAAUUCUCCCUUCCGAUCUUAUCCAGGAAAUCAUUUCAUGGCUUCCGGUGAAGCCUCUCGUGAGAUUCACAUGCGUUUCCAAACACUGGAAAUCGCUCAUCUUUGACCCAACAUUCGCUAAACUUCAUCUUCAAAGAUCACCCAAACACACACACACCCUACUUCACUUGAUCGAAGUCGAUGUCAUUAAUAAGACAGAAACUUGGGUGGUAGCUCCACAGUCAGUGCAUCGAUUACUCGAAAACCCUUCCUCCACUAUCGUCAACGAAGACAAGUGUCACCGUUAUACAAACGAUGAUUUUUAUCCAAUAGGCUCGGCCAACGGUUUGGUCUGUUUGAUCGGUGAUAAAUCAAUACAUGGUGGAAAUAGGGAAUUGUGUUGUCGGUUCUGGAACCCUUCUUUACGAUUGAGAUCCGAAAACUCACCAGCAUUGUAUAACAUUCAUUCUGAUGUCAUUGUGCACCUUGGAUUUGGCUAUGAUGAUUCAGGAGACAAAUACAAGUUGGUGGCUGUGUUUUGGGAUCAUACAGUGGAGAAAUGGGAGGGGAGAGUUCAUUGCAUGGGCGAUAGUUGCUGGAGAAAGACUCUCGCCUGCCCUGAUUUUCCAACUCUACUACGAACUCUCGGCGGACCAUACGUGAAUGGUAGUGUUAACUGGUUAGCACUUAACAACUUAAACUGUCAUGAGUAUGGAUGGGAAAAUGUUACCAUCGAACAGGUAGUGAUUUUUUCGCUUGAUCUACAGAAGGAAACAUGUAAGCAUAUGUUGCUACCUGACGGUUUAGGUGAAAAGCCCGAAUAUGAACCAGCUCUUGCUGUUUUAAGGGGUUGCAUGUGCCUUUAUUAUGACCACAUGAAGACCCAUUUUGUUUUAUGGGUAAUGAGAGAGUUUGGAGUUCAAGAGUCUUGGACUCGUUUGGUGAAUCUUAGCUAUGUGCAUCUUGAAUGGGAUUUUGUGCCUGAUAUCCCAUUGUUUCCGGUGUGUUUGUCGGAGAAUGGAGAUGUCCUGAUACUGGCCUGCUCAGAAUCCUGUGGUGAAGUUAUUAUGUAUAAUCAAAGAGAUGAUAAAGUUGAACAUAUUCAAGUUCUUGACACCCAAAUUUGGCAGGCCGAUGAUCAUAUGAAGAGCUUGGUUUUGCCUCGUCCUCAUCCACAUUAAUCUCCUAUGUAGCAAACUCAUAGUUUAUGUUAGAUUAUUAAAGUGUUGUAAUGACUAUUGAUUUCUGAAUUAUGUUUUCCUUAUCUAGUUGGACUAUUUUUUUGGAUCGAAGUGUUUGGAUUGGAUGAAGGUAUUUUAA